AGUGGUAGCAAUGUAUUUUGACGGUGUAACAAUAACAAAUACUAUCUUAAGCUUAUUACAUUUCUGAUCUUAGCUGUAGAAUAAAUAAACGGAAUGGCUGCUAAAAAUUGGAACUACGUUUCUGCACCGCCAGAGAACGACGAGCAGCAGAGGGUGCGUUUCCAAAUUGAAUUAGAGUUUGUGCAGUGCCUGGGAAACCCCAACUACUUAAACUUUUUAGCGCAGAGAGGUUACUUCAAAGAUAAUGCUUUCAUCAACUACCUGAAGUAUUUGCUUUAUUGGAAGGAGCCUCAGUACGCAAAGUAUCUGAAGUAUCCUAUGUGCUUGUAUUUUCUGGACCUGCUUCAGUACGAGCAUUUCCGAAGGGAAUUAGUCAACGCACAGUGCUCGAAAUUCAUUGAUGACCAACAGAUAUUGCUGUGGCAGCAUUACACACGGAGGAGGAGUAGAUUGUCGCAAGCUCCAAAUGCCAAUGGACAGCCCGAACCAAGUUCAAAUACACCUAGCAAUAGUCAGAAUGGUCACAUGAAUACCAAAAUAGCUUAAUUUAUUAUUUAUUUAUAUAAAUUGUUUUCUUUACG